AUGUUCCGGGAUUACAUUUGUGUCAUGUUCAACUGCCGAGAGCUUGGCCUGAACCUUCAUACAGUGGCACUGCAUUACCACAAUGGGCCAGUUGGUGAAGAGUUAUUCUACGAUGUCAUGGCCGGGGAAUGGGAUGAGGUAAAGAGUGCAUUUUCCGAUGCUGCCAACAUUGAAUUUCAAAUUUAUGUGGUGAUUCGAGCACGAAAGUUUGCUGAAGGAAGGAUUUACGAGUGUGGUAUCCUUCCAGAUACUAUGGUGGAAUCUCUGCGAACGGCCUGGGUAUCGACCAGCAUGAUCGAUGAAUCAGACACCGCUCACAGUCUCGAUAAAGCUGUCACCAUAAAACCAACUUUAUCUUAA